CACGAUACCACGAGCAUUGUCGCAUUCGUUACGAGACCCUCAGUAAUUCAUAAUGAGAGCUUAUUUGGGGCUGUGGUUAUUAUUUAUAUGCUCAGUAGUAAAGACGCUAGCGUUAGACGGCGAGAUGGCCGAGCUUGCGAAAAUGCUGCGCGACAACUGCGUAGAGGAGACCGGAGCGGACGUGGCUUUGAUCGACAAGGUAAACGCGGGAGCGGACCUGAUGGGUGACGCUAAGCUGAAGUGUUACAUCAAAUGCGUGAUGGAGACCGCGGGCAUGAUGUCGGAGGGUGAGGUGGACGUCGAGGCCGUGGUGGCCGUGCUACCGGAGGAACUACAGAAGCACGCGGACAAGAUGCGGGCCUGUGGCACUCAGAAGGGGUUGGAUGACUGUGACACGGCUUUCCUAACUCAAUCCUGCUGGCAGAAGGCUAGCAAGGCUGACUAUAUUCUUAUAUAGAAUAGGUACUACAUCACUCACUACUAACCACAAACCAAACAAUACAUUUUAUCAAAAAAAUAAAUGUGUACUUUCGUAAUGGGAUACAUGGCCCUUGUGUAAUCUUGCACUUCAUACAUUGUAGCCAAAGGAUAACUGUCUAAGCAAAGGAAGUAUUUUAUUGAAAUAUAUGUUUUAAUAAUUUUAUUAAUAACCCCUUUCCCCACACAAUAAAACCAUUAAUAUAAUAGUAAUUGUUUUAAUAUGUUAAGUACAUUGACCAAUGUGUUAAUAUUCUAUAUAGAAAUUAUUUAAACCAACAUUUAUGUACCGUAUGCACAAUAUAUAUUUUAUAAAAAGUACCACAUUAAAGUAAAGU